AUGAACCAAUUUGAUGGAGUUUCGGGCAAUCACUCACUUGUAACUAUUAUAAAUGAUUUACAUGGAAAAGAGGUGAUGGUCGAAUUGAAAGACGGCAACAGAUUUGUCGGAAUAUUCGCAGCCUGCUCCAAUGAGUUGUCAAUUGGUUUGAAAUAUGCCUAUGAGAAAAAGGCAUCCAAUGAGAUGAACUUACUUCCAAUUAAAAAAGAAAUUAACGAGAAAAUGUUGUUCGAAUAUGGAGACGUCGUUGUUAUUUCCGCAUUAAUUACUGAUGAGAAGAAAAACAAAGGUUUUGCCACUGAUAGAGAUUAUCACUCAAAGGCAAAUGGUAAACAUGACGAACAAGAAUUUGAAGAAUGGGAAGACGAAGAGUCCAAGGAUGCGGACGGUGUUCCUACUCUUGAUCAAAGAAACACUAACCAUAAGAACGGCUGGAGCGUAAAAGAUAUGUUCGACGCCAACUCGAAGCUUGGAGUUCAGUCUUCAUAUGUUGAUAACUUGAGCCAAUACACAACUGCUGAAGUUAAGGGAUCCGACAAAGAUCGUGCCCGUGCUGAACAAAUUGCAGCUGAGAUCGAGAACAGCGCUUCGAGCAAGUAUUACUCUCGCCUGGAAAAUGAUGAUGAAGAGAGAGAUUUGGAUAAGUUGACUGCUGAAGAUGAGUUGGACACUUCAGCCCGCAGAGGAAGAGGUUCAUAUUCAAAUGUCAGUCGUGGAAGAGGCGGGAAUGUGAACAAUAAUCGCAGAUCUGAUGGAAUGAAAGGAGGAAACGACAGACGUAGCAGUGGAGCCAAUAGCCGUUAUGGCAGUUAUGGACAACAGCAGAGACCAGGUCAACAACAUUAUAUUCCCGGACAAAAUAAACGCCCAACAGGCCAAGAAGUUCAAGAUCAGUUCCAAGAAUGGAAAGAAUCUGCAGCCAGAAAGGAAGGAGGAGGAGGAGGAGGAAGUGGGGGCGGAAAAAUCUUUGAAAACAGUACAUUCAAGGCUCAGCCUAAAGUUAUUCUUGAAAAUGCAAGUAGGGGCAAUGGUGAACGCAAUAACCAAAGCUCUGCUAAACGUCUUAAUGAUUUAGUGCAAUGGCGGAGAAACGUGACGAUUCACUCAUCCAAGGUUGAGCAGAAGGCCGACAAUGACCAUUCACAAAAUAACACUGCUCAUCCUUCUGAAGGCCAUAGCAGAACUUCAGUUCCUGCUGGAAAUGCUUGGAACAAAGGACCUCCAAUGGGUCUUGUGAAUUGUCAACAAGUUCCUUCUGAUCCACAGCCAAACGGAGACGGCGUUGCUGCUUCUACAUCUAAAGAACCUGAGGAAUCUCGAGAUGUAUCAGUUGAAGAGCCAACUGUUACUGAGGAAAAAGAAAUCCCAGAGAAGAAAGAUGCCGAACCAAAGGAAGAGAAAGAUGCCGGAUCCAAGAAGUUCACUUUCAAUGUUAAUGCUCCAGCAUUUACCCCAAGAGUUCAGACCCAACCACCAGCUCAACCUACUCAAGUGGUUCAAGUCCCACAGCAGCAGAUUCCAGCUAUGACCGCUAUCCCGGUCGGAACUGUAUCCGCUGGCAUGCCUAUGCAAGCCAUUCCUCCACCAGGAGUAUUUUCUCCUAUGGCUGGUAGAUCUGUAGCUCCUCAGUUCCAGGGAGCUCCACAAGGAUUCUCCCUCGUUCAAUCUAGUUAUCCUCAGUACCUAGUUCAACCUCCAGUUGUUGGUUCUAUGGCUAUAGCUCCACAAAGAGGAGCAACUACUGCUCCUCCCACACAAGUUGCUUUUGCUCCUGCUCCUCAGGGCAAUCAAAGACGAUCAACUGGUCCUGCCACUGCUGGUGCUGUCAUGAUGCAACCAGGAGGACAAUGGCAGAAUCAAAUGAUUAUGCAACAAGUUCCUUACGGUUAUCAGCAGUAUGCUCUCCCAAGUGGAGCCACUGCUCCUCCCCAAACUUAUGUUGAUGGUACACAGAUGAUUCCUCAAGGCCAACAACAAAUUGCGCCCCAACAGUAUCAACAGCGAUAUGGCCCUCCAAUCGGCUAUGUGUAUCCCCAACAAGGUGUACCUCAACCUGGGCAGCCAAAAUAUGCUGGCGGCCAACCUAUGCAUGAUGGAAAUAAUCCACCUCACACUCCUGCAAUAUCUUCAACGGGUCCCAAUAGUCAACCUCCAACUCCUGGUCCUCAGCCAGCUCAAUCUCCUGCACAGGCGCAAGUUCAAACCGCCGGUGGCAGAGGCUCCCCAGCAAACGUAGGCACAGCUCCUCCUCCUGUAUCCGCACAACCCCAACAACCUUAUGUAGUUUCUGGAAGUCAACCUCCAAUGGUCUCUCAUCAACCUAUUUAUCACACAGGAGCCAAUAUGGUGGUUUAUCCAGCACAUGCACACCCACAAGUAAUUAUGUAUAAUGGAAGUAUGCCUGUUCCUCAUAUGCAACCAUAUGGGGAACAUCAUCAUAUGGAGGGAGGCAUGAUUCAACCAGGCGCUACUCAACAGAUGAUGAUCCACGAUCAGUAUGGAAAUUAUGUUCCUCCUGGAAAUCCCCUAUAUUAUCAAGCCCCACCUCAUCCAGGCCAACAACAAGCAAUGUCUAGACAAAAUUCUGUACCUCAAGCAGUAAAUGCAACAAGUCCAUGA